UCGUCUGAACAGUCCAUUGAAUGCGUUCACAGCAUCGGAUACACCGCACAAGCAGUUCGACAGCCUCGACCUGUGGUUAGUGCCAGCUCUAGUACGUUUCUUUGCCACUUUUUUGCCCUUAUUUCUUGGAUUGACUUGUUGUUAUCUAGGAUGAUGAGGACGUAAUAUGCUAAACGAAUUUGGGAUUCGACCAAUUGCCAAUUUCAAAGAGGCUAAGACCGAAGAUGGUCAGGUCAUCCACCCUCCUGACCCACGUCUUAUUGCCCUGCAUGCAACCUGUGCAUGGGUUCUUCAUUCAUCUGGUGCCAUAGACCAUGUGUGGGGGCUUCUCUUUCGAGAACCUGAAUUGAUUUCGCUCAUGACUGAGCCAAAUUGCAGUCGAGCUGUCUGAAGCUCUGGAGAUGUUGCGGUACAUUCGGCACAUUCAGCACAUUUCCUUGGUGGCCUAAUGAUUUUCACUUAUUUCUCAUUCCGCCUAACAUUAUUCUCUCCCUUUACUUCAAUGUUGUGUGUGUUUCCAUGCCUCUUUACUUCCAUGCCAAAUAGAAACAAACCAACGGAAGUUGUAUCGGCAUACCGACGGUGACUUAAGUAAUAGCUGUG